AUGUUAAAUACCCACGAUUUUCGUUGUCCUCGUGCGGACGAUAGUGAUCAGAUUCAAUUGACCAAGAUGCACAAGAAGUCCCAGCCCCGCCAAGUCAGAAGAGCCAAGAAAAAAGGCCGUCUACGGCGUCCUUUGCCCAUUCGGUAUGGCAUUCCGAUUCCGCGGACAGUAAAAGAAGCACUUGCACUUGAUGAUGAUAACGGGAACCACUUUUGGCGUGAAGCAAUGGAAAAAGAGAUUGCUUCCCUUAUUGCAAUGAAUUGCUUUGAUUUUCACUCGAGUGAUUACAAGCCUGGCCCAAAUUCUCAAUUCGCCCCAUUGCGAAUGAUUUUUGAAGCUAAGCAAGAUGGGAGACGCAAAGGAAGAUUGGUUUGCGGAGGCCACCUCGUGGACCCACGAGGCAUCUUGACCCGGUCAACAGUUGUGAAGGGUGUCAGUGUCCGCCUUCUGGACAUGAUUGCCGAUCACUAUGGUUUGACAAUUGUCCAUGGUGACGUUGGUAAUGCAUUUAUUACCGCCAACUGCCUGGAAGAAAUUCACUCGGUUGCCAGACCUGAGUUUGGAGAGCGCGAAGGCGCCGUUACUACUAUUAACAAAGCCCUUUACGGGCUCCAAACCAGUUCAAGGGCCUACAGAGAAACUUUUGCAGCGUUCAUGAGAACUAUUGGUUUCCAAUUGAGUCGCUAUGACCGUGACGUCUGGAUGAGGCUACGCGAGGAUAUUGAGGGAUACGAUUAUCUCUGCACUCACGUGGAUGACUUCAAAGUUGUGGCCAAAGAUCCCCAACGGUGGGUCAAUGCUUUUGCUGGAGCCUUUCAACUGAAAUGCUUUGGAAAGCCUGACUACUACCUUGGUAUGGAUUAUAAUUUCGACGAGGAGACAAAGUGUUGGUUUGUUACUGGUACCAAGACCUAUGUGGAAGAGUGUAUCCGAAGGAUCCAAGCUUUGCUUCCUCCUGGCCAUAUGCUCUGCACCCACAACACUCCUGCCCCCUACGACGGGAAAGCUUCCCAUCCUGAAGAGGACAAGUCCGAUUUCCUUGAUGACGCUGGAAAACGCCAAUAUCAGAUGUUGGUUGGCAUGGCCCAAUGGGCCGUGACCAUUGGACGAAUGGACAUUGCAUAUGCAGUCUCUUCGCUCAGUUGCUUUUCCUCAGCGCCUCGUGAAGGCCAUCUGGAGUUAGCUUUCUACCUUUUUGGCUAUCUCAAGAAGUUCCCCAACAAGCAACUGCCUGUUGACUCGCGCCCGCUUGAACUUUGCCCGACACUCACAGCGACCAAAGGUACAUUCAAGGCAGAUUUCCUUGAAGAGUAUCCGGAUGCAAAGGAGGACCGAGAUCCCAAGGAACCCAAAGCCUUUGGAAAGCCAGUACAAACAA